AAAAAAUUCAUAUGUAGUUUUGAAUUUUAAAAAUGCAUAAAACCUGCAACAGCGUCCAUGAUAUCGCAAUUGAAUAUACCACAUCCUGAUCAAACUUGAGUUUAGGCAUGGGAUACAAUGUUUGAAUCAUGACUGUCAGGUUUAAAUUUCCAAGCGUCCAAUCACUGAAAAGGCUGCUGAGAGGCCAUUGGGGGAAAAUACUUGCAUGCUGUUGCACACUGGUUGUGUUUGCCUGUUUAUUGUUGUUAAUUGCAGUUCAGAAUGAGGAUUUUGUGAUAUAUGCCAGAUCCUAUUUCUGGGCCCUUGACUACCAGAGACUUGUUACGGAUUACAGUGAUGAAUCUACAUUGUAUGUGGAUACAACAAAGGCAGAUGAGUUGUACAAGAAAGUGAAAAUCCUUUGUUUUGUGAUAACAACCUCAAACAAACUUGCUAAAGCUGUUCCUGUGGUGAAUGUGACCUGGGGAAGACGUUGCAAUAAAAUUCUAUUUGUGCUAUGUCCGCUGAUGAAUACAGAAUCCACCUUUUUAAACACAUGCCAUAUCAAAGAGGGAUCAAGCCAUCUCACAGAGAAAGUCAGAUAUGCUCUAAAAGUUUCAUAUGAUGAAUACCUGAAUGACUAUGACUGGUUCUUAAAAGCAGAUGAUGAUACGUAUUUAGUGAUUGAGAAUCUCCGAUAUCUUUUAUCACACCAUGACCCCAAUAAACCUGGUUACUUAGGUUACCAUUUCCAGAAGUUCAUGCACCAGGGAUAUGCCUCAGGAGGAGCAGGGUAUGUCAUCAGUCGAAAGGGAGUCCAACAACUUGUAGAGAAGGGAUUUAAUAUGGAUGAAGAGAAAUGUAAAAAAGAGGGUGAAAUUGAAGAUAAACUCAUUGGGCAGUGUUUAGAGGCUAGUGAAGUUCCCGUAUUGAGUUCAGCAGACAAAUUUGAAAGACAGACAUUCCAUACAGAUAAGUUAUGGCAACAUGUGUGGGGGACAUUUCCAAAGUACCUCAUUUCAUAUUCCAGAGAUCCAGUAAAAGAUGGCAGUAGCUGUUGCAGCCAGUUCCUGGUCAGCUUUCACCAUGUGGACCCUGGAGCUAUGAUAUUUAUUCACCAUCUGUUGUACAGAACAAGCGUCUAUGGACGAAACCUCCCUGACAGUAUCCCAGAGGAUCUCUUCCCUGUCAAUAAAGUUCCUCCCAAAACUGUGAUAGAUGAUGAAAUUUGAGAGAAGUUGCCUGUAUUUGUAAUAACACUCAGGAUAGGCCAGCCACUACAUUAUUCAAAUCACAUACUGCCAAGAGUAAGAACAUAUAAACAUUUUACACCCUACAACCAAUAGAGAUUGUGAACAACAUUUCAUGCUGCCUGAUAUCAGUUUCUCAAGUUCAUUCUUCAUUUAAUUUUGACACAAAUAUGUUAUAUUGCACCUGUAGUGUUAAAUCUAAAGCAAACUAGCAUGGUGUCGCGCCAUGCCCUUUUUGGCUGGCGCGAUGCCCUUUUUAAUUGCACCAUGCCCUUUUUUCUCUAUAAAGUUUUUGAAAAUAUUUGUUAUUUAUAAACAAUUGUUCUUUAUUUCACAAGGUUGAUUGAAAAGUUUAAAAUCAAGGCAGCAGGUAUUAACUUUAAAAGAGGCUAAAUGAUUAUUCUAUUACUAUCAUAGUAUGAUACAUGAACAAUGAAAGUGCCCCGAAAUUGUCUUGCUGCGACGAAAAGUGCCCUUUUGAACAUAUGAUAUGUGUGCCCUCUCUAGAUCCUAGAUUUAACACUACACAUGUGUAGCUUAAUUAGAUGAGAUUGUAAAUUGACCAUCCUAACAGUAGCACUCAAAGCUAGAAGGCCUUAUUAUACACUCUGUCAAUGUCAUCAUGUGUACUGUUAAUUUUGAGAACAAAAAUUGUGUACAUUUAUUAUACCUCAUGUAAAGAGUUGCAGAGGGUAUAAUAUUUUUGACCCAUCAGUCAGUCUUGUUCCUCUAUAAGAUAGAAUUAAAAUUGUCUAAAUACAUACAAUUUAAUACCGAGAGAGUACACCCUCCAGGUUAAUUAAAUGGAUAUAGUUUAUUAUUGUACUUAUUUUAAAUUAUCAAGAUUGUGAUAUAUAUUUAUAUGAAUUACUUGUGCACGCGUGAAUAUUGUUUUUGAAUGCACGUUUAAUAUGUUCUCUAUGUUGUGUAAACAGCAAAUGAAAAAAUGAAAGAUACAUAUUCACAGAAAAUUCUGAUUCAGUUUUUCUCUUGGAGUUAUUUCCCUUUUUAAGUUUGGCCUCCGUCAGUCUUGUUCUUGUCAGUGCAACUCCUCAGAAACUGUGAACCCAUCUUGCAGAGCUUGUUAUUAUUAUACUUUCAUGUAAAAUACUCAAAUCUGAUUGGCUGAGACACAUUUGAAUAGACAUGUUGUUUCUCUGUGUUAGUAAAAACCACACCUUCCAGGGUGAUGGUAUUUAUCAAAGGGAAACAUGAAAACAGGCGAUAUGAUAAAAAAAUAUAUAUAUAGCAUGUGCAUUAUAAAUUGAUGUACAUCAGUUUACUGUAGAUAUUUGACAGAUAUUGAUGCAUCAAUUUGCUGUAGAUAUUGUUUGAGGGGUUGGAAUAGAUGUGGUCUGUGGUGCAUUACAGUGAUACAUCAAUUGAAAGCAAUUGAUAGGAAGAUGGAAAAAUACCAUCAAUGAUAUAUACAUUAUAGAUGUGCAUCUAAUGCUAUGGGGGAUGAAUCUCUUUCUGAUGUACAAAACUUGCAACUUUUCAAGGCUAUUCAAUACUUUCUACACGAUUGUGACAAUUUUUCUGAAAAACAAUUAUGAACUUUUUGACUAUAAAUUAAUUAACUCUGUAAACACAAAUUUGAAAUAGGCCCAAUGUUUAUGUAUUGUAUUUCAUUGUAUCCAUCGUAGCUUAUACUCAUCAUGUAUGACAAUUUUAUAAAUUAUUGUAAUGGAAGAGGGCUAUCUAAGAUAUUGAACUUAUGCCAAAUCCUUUUGAUGUUUCUUUUUCAAUAAGAUAUGCUCAAUUCAAUUCAUAUAGAGAAAUUAAUCAUGUUGGAAUUUUCUUGUUACAAUUAUUUAUUACGAUGUGGAUUAAAAAUUCAGUGGAA